AUGAACGAUAGCGAAGAUUAUAGUCAUCUUUCCCACUACACAUUUUAUUUAUCUCAAGACUACUCAUUACCCUUUUCCAUUUCUCUUAGCUCGUCUCUCAUGGCAUCUUCCUCAUUUACGUCUCGUAACUACAUCUACAGUGUCUUUGCGAGCUUCCACGGUCCAGACGUCCGUAAAACACUUCUCAGUCACAUACGUGAACAGUUUACCCACAGCGGGAUCACUAUGUUCGAUGAUCAGGCGAUUGCGAGAAGCGCAACCAUCGCCCCUUCACUCACAGAAGCUAUAAAAGAAUCUAGGAUCUCGAUCGUGAUUCUCUCCAAGAACUAUGCUUCGUCAAGCUGGUGUUUAAAUGAACUGGUGGAGAUAUUGGAACGCAAGAAAGCUAUGGGGCAGAUAGUCAUGACCAUCUUCUAUGGAGUGGAUCCAUCCGAUGUACGGAAACAGACCGGGGAAUUCGGGAUCGCUUUCAAUGAAACUUGUGCAAGUAAGACGGACGAGGAAAGGCAGAAAUGGAGCAAAGCUUUGAACGAAGUGGGUAACAUUGCUGGAGAAGACUUCUUAAGAUGGUCAAACGAAGCAAAAAUGAUCAAGAAAAUUGCCAGAGAUGUUUCAAAUAAACUGAAUGCUACACCGUCUAGGGAUUUUGAUGGCAUGGUUGGACUUGAAGCUCAUUUGAGAGAAAUGGAGUCUUUGUUGGAUUUUGAUGACGAUGGAGUUAAGGUGGUUGCGAUCUCUGGUCCUGCAGGCAUUGGUAAGACUACCAUAGCUAGAGCAAUACAUAGCUUGCACUCUUAUAGGUUCCAGCUUACUUGUUUUGUUGACAAUCUUAGAGGAAGCUAUCCCAAUGGUUUUGAUGAGUAUGGUUUGAAGCUGCGUUUACAAGAAGAGUUUCUUUCGAAUAUUUUGAAACAAGAUGGUAUUAGGAUAUGCCAUUUAGGUGUGAUAGAAGAAAGGCUACACGACCAGAGAGUGCUAAUCAUUCUUGAUGAUGUGAACAAUAUAAAACAAUUGGAGGCGUUGGCUGGAGACAUUUCUUGGUUUGGUCGUGGAAGUAGGGUUGUGGUUACCACGGAAAACAAAGAGCUUCUGCAGCAACAUGGUAUCAACAAUACGUACCAUGUUGAGUUUCCAUCUAGAAGAGACGCUCAUGAGAUCCUGUGUAGAUAUGCUUUUAAACAAAGCUAUCCACAUGCUGGUUUUGAAGAGCUUGCAUUACAAGUAACUGACCUUUGUGGUAAUCUUCCAUUGGGUCUACGUGUGGUGGGUUCAUCUUUACGUGGGAAGAAAGAAGACGAGUGGGAAGAUGUAAUGAACAGGCUGGAAUCUGUUCUUGAUCGAGAUAUUGAGGAAGUACUAAGAGUGGGCUAUGAAAGUUUAGAUGAGAAUGAGCAAACGCUAUUUCUCCACAUUGCAGUCUUCUUGAACUAUGAAGAUGGUAAUAUUGUGAAAACCAUGUUUGAUGACGGUGACUUGGAUGUCAAACACGGGUUGAAAGUCCUUGAAAACAGAUCUCUGAUAGAGUUAUAUGACAAGAAGGAAACAAUAAAGAUGCACAGAUUACUACAACAAAUGGGUAUAAAAGCCAUCCAUAAACAAGAGCCCUGGAAACGCCGGAUCCUGAUAGAUGCUCCAGAGAUAUGUGAUGUUCUUGAACAUGCAAAAGGUACUAGAGUUAUCUCCGGCAUAUCAUUUGAUACAUCUGAUAUUGAUGAAGUAUCUAUAAGCCCGAGAGCUUUCAGAAGAAUGCCAAAACUUCGAUUCCUCAGAGUUUACAAAAGUAAAGAGGCUGGGAAUGAUGUAGUGCAUAUACCUGAGGAUAUGGAGUUUCCGCGUCGUCUAAGGUUACUGCAUUGGGAGGCAUACCCAAACAAGUGUCUUCAUCCUUCCUUUCAUCCUGAAUAUCUUGUGAAACUUGAUAUGCAAGAUAGCCAGCUCGAGUACCUCUUGUUGGAUAAGCUUCAAAAAUAG